AUGCAGCCUCUGUCGAUCCCGCUCGACACUGGUUUCACCGAUGAGGGCGCCGGCUACCGUCAAUUCGGGCAGGACUUGGCAGAGGCCAAGGAUCUCUCCAGGGCUGCCUCAAGGAUAGUGGCAAGGUUCGCAGGCACGCCCAUUCAGGCCUUCAUCACAACGGACGAGAAAGGGAGCACGGUUGAUUUCGGACUGCUCAGUGGAGAUAAGCUUUUCAGCCUCAGACAACCUCUGGCCUCGGAUGCCAUGUUGAAGGACCUAGAACUCGCUGUGGCGAAUGCGCUGGGCCUGCGAUUGAACAUAGUCAGUGCCUUUUCCAAGCGUGACCCUUCCACUCCGCUCGAGAACUCUUGCGAUCUGAAGGAGUACAACGGCGAGUCGCUUGUGCUUACAUUCUACGAUGACUUCGGAGAUUGCCGCAGGUUUCUGAAAGCCAUGGCAGCCGAAGCUUUCAAUCCAAGAUCGGAAGGCUUCCAUGCUAAGUGGACUUUGAAGGCUUUUUCGGGCAAGCCCGAGGUCAGAGCUGGUGAGGUGCUAGAUCUUCUGCAGUCAGAUAAAAACGGGCCAGAGGUGCCCGAAGGCAUGGUUAGGGAGUUCAUGCAGAUCUUUGGGCGUCUCACAUCGAUGGCAGAGAAGUGGACCCACUUCCACCUUGAACUUCUCCAGAACUUCGAUCCUGGGAUGAAGAGCCUGAAGCAUGACCUCUGCCAGCACUGGCUGCAGCUAGCAAAGGACUCCGUCACGCAGAAGGUUCCUCAAAGGCCUCCUCCUGUCAUGCUCCUGUGCUGGAAUGAGCGUGCAGCCGUUAAAGGGAUGGAUUUGUUCACUGUCGACGGCAGCUUUCCCGCCAUGUUCUCUCGAAACUUGCAAAACUCGCUGAGAUUGAGUGACGUUGACGGCAGGAGUCAGCGUUGGCGUUCCAUGCUGAUGCUUGCAUCCUUGGACGCUGACUGGUUCACCGGCCUGCCGUGGAAACAGUUGUGUGCGCUGCACCCCAUCAACAAAUGCAGACUUGGACAGUGGGCGGAGAAAUUUGAAGAGGCCGUCAAGAAAGAUAAAGAGAUGAAGCAAGGUGAGCUAUUGGAACGAGAUGAUGUCGUGAGGAUGAUGCAUGUGCAGCUGCGGUUGUCUUGCAGGUUCCGCGUCGUGGAAGUUGAGGGAGAGCUGCACAUUCCUUUGCUCCGGUGUGCCGCGGCGCUGCUGCAGUGGCACUUGAAAGAAGUCACUCCAGGGAUCGGAGGCCUCGAACUUGAGCGUGUGUUGAAAGGUCUUCUUGCAGAUGCAAAGAAAGAGCUGCAGCCCGGCAUGAGAGGGGUGCUGAUACUGUUAUGGCUCCCCUCGAGCCAUGCGCCGGAUGAUCUCAAGCUAUGCUGGCGCUUGAGCCAGAAUUCCGUCCGCUUCAUCCUCUGCUAUCCGGAGGGAGCGAAGCGGCAGCGGCUCUCGACUCACUAG